GAGAUCAAUGAAAAUCCUCAGAUCCUGCCAAACAUCACUCUGGGCUUUGGUAUAUAUAACAACUAUUUAACAGCAACAUGGACUUACCUUGCUUCUAUGGAGCUUCUUUCUUCACAUGACAAAUUUGUUCCCAAAUACAAAUCCAGCAUCCACCAAAACUUAGUAUGUGUUAUUGCGGGACCAAACUCUCAUCUCUCUCAGGUUAUGGCAGACAUCCUGAGUAUUUACAAGAUUCCACAGGUUACAUAUGGCUCUGCUCCAGUGAUGGAUAACAGGAUUCAUACAGCUUUCUUUUAUCAAAUGUUUCCAAAUGAACAUCUUCAAAUUAUGGGGAUUCUCCAGUUACUGCUUCAUUUUAAGUGGUCCUGGAUUGGGAUACUUUUUCACAAAAAUGAGAUUGCUGAAAGAUUUAUCAGAGAAGUGCUUGUCUUAUUUUCCCAGAAUGGAAUCUGUUUCGAUUACAUUGAAGAAUUUCCAAUAGUAACUUUUUCAAAUGAUUUGGGAGAAAAAAUGGAUAGUUUUCUUCAAAUAUACAAAGUCAUUACAACAAGCAUAUCUAGUGUUGUGAUUGUAUAUUGUGAAAAUCAGAUUAUGGUUCUUUUCAGAAUUAUCUCCUCUGUUUCAGAAUAUUUGGACACAACAUUAGAGAGAAAAGACAAAGUCUGGAUUUUUUCAGCCCAGAUGGAAUACACUUCACUUCCAUUUCAAAGAGACAGCAGUAUGGACUUCAUCCAUGGGGCUCUUUCUUUCUCAGUUUCAUCAAAAGAAUUAUUAGGAUUCAAGACAUUUCUUCAGAUGAGAAACAGUGUUCCAGAAGAGGAAGAUAGUUUUUCAAGGGUCUUUUGGGAACAAGCCUUUGGAUGUUCCUUCUCAAAUUCCACUUUAAAUACAAAGUCAGAAGAAAGGUGCACUAGGGAAGAGAAGUUGGAGAAUCUUCCAGACUCUGUUUUUCAACUGGGCAUGACUGGGCAAAGCUACAGUAUCUACAAUGCAGUCUAUGGUGUGGCACAUGCUCUCCAAGCCAUACAUACAUCCCACUCCAAGCACAGAGCAAUGGCUGCUAGAGGGAAGCAGAAGCUUCUCUUUCAUCAAGUAUGGCAGACACAACCUCUUUCUUUGUGCAAUGCUCAUUGCUCCUUGGGGUACAGCAAAGUCAAAAUAGAAGGGAAGCCAUUUUGCUGUUAUAAAUGCCUUUGUUGCCCAGAAGGGAAAAUUGCCAACCAGACAGAUUUAGAUGACUGUAUCCCAUGUCCUGAAGAAAGCUAUCCUAACAAGAACCAAGAUCUGUGCAUUCAAAAACAUCCAACCUUCUUGUCUUACAAAGAACCCUUAGGAAUCACUUUGACCAGUGUUGCUUUCUUUUUUUCUUUCAUCUCAGCUGUGGUACUGGGGGUCUUCAUUAAAAAUCAGAACACUCCCAUUGUCAAAGCCAACAACCGGAACCUCACCUACAUUCUUCUCAUUGCUCUCUUCCUCUCUUUCCUUUGCACUUUGCUUUUCAUUGGACAACCUGACCAAGUAAAAUGUCUCAUGAGACAAACUUCUUUUGGCAUCAUAUUCUCUAUAGCCCUUUCUUGUAUAUUGGGUAAAACAACCAUAGUGGUCCUUGCUUUCAUGGUCACCAAGCCAGGCUCCAAAAUGAGGAAAUGGGUCGGGAAAAGGCUGGCCAACAUUAUUGUCCUGUCUUGCUCCCUGGUACAAAUCACCAUUUGUAGUGUGUGGCUAGCAAUUUCUCCCCCAUUCCCUGAUUCAGACAUGCAUUCCAUGGUUGAUGAAAUUGUUCUGGAAUGUAAUGAAGGCUCAGUCAUUAUGUUUUAUAUGGUCCUUGGUUUUAUGGGGUUCUUGGCGGCCAUCAGCUUCACAGUGGCCUUUCUAGCCAGGAAGUUACCUGAUAGCUUUAAUGAAGCCAAAUUUAUUACCUUCAGUAUGUUGGUCUUUUGUAGUGUCUUGAUAUCCUUUGUUCCCACCUAUCUGAGCAGCAAAGGAAAAUACAUGGUGGCUGUGGAGGUCUUCUCCAUUUUGAUGUCUGCAGCAGGAUUACUGUGCUGCAUCUUUUCUCCCAAAUGCUAUAUUAUUAUUCUGAGGCCUGAUUUGAACAGAAAGGAGCAGCUAACAAAGAAACACAUGUGA